AUGAAGAACGCUUGGUCGGCGCUCCGUGGCGCGGUUCAGGAGUUCAAUGCGGUCCUCCUUUCGGAAGAUGAGGAGGAAGAGGAGGAGGAAGAAGAGCUGCUGGGAGAAGACAUCUUCGCCGAUCGACAGCAAAAGGUCGCUGGCGCAUCUCAGAGCAUCUCCUCCUCUCCGCGGGAAGACCCUGUUAAGGAACUCGAGCGUCGUCUGCACCAGGAACAGCAGCAGCGCCUUUUCGUCCAGAGGCGCCUUCAACAGGCUGAAGAGGAAGCCGCCAAGCACACGCAAGAGAUCGUCGACCUGCGAAACCAAUGCCGGCUGCUGCGCACGGCUCAAGGCCUUUCUCCGCCGACGUCGCCGCCGCACGGCGGCUCCCCCCCGCCGCCGGAGGGGGCAGACAUAUGGUUUGCUGGUAGCCGCUCUAGAGAAUCUUCGGUUCCGGUUGCGGACCUGCGCACUGCAGUGCGACGGCUUGUGCACGCUCUACGUUUUUCUGAGGGCGACGAGGAACUCCCCACGACGGGGCUGUCUCGAGCGCAGAAGCGGCGCUCCGGGACUUGGAGAGGGCCGUCGUUUGCCACAGAUGUGGACAGCGCGAGUCUCUCUUCACUCCCAGGGCCAGUCGAGAUCUACGGUGUCUCUGAAGCGGGCAGUAUGCCUCCCGACGCAGACACGCGCAACUGCGGGCGCGUUGUCAACGGAGUAAGCCGAAGCGACGGCGCCGGCGGAGACCCAGAAGCACAGGAGGCUCUCAUGCAGCUGGACGCGGCCUGCUGCCACGUCGAGCAGGCCAGCGGACGAGCGGAGUGGCUCCUGACUGAGUGGAAGACCCUCAGGGCAUCUCCAUCCUUCCGCACAGCUGUAUCGGCGCGGUUGGCUAUGUGUCUCCCCCCAGAUCAGCUGGCGUGGCUCGAGGGCGAGGCAGAAAUUCCGUCUUCGCGCGCCUCAACGCCUUCUGAGAGUCCGUCUCCUCUUCUCGAGUGGAUGGCGGUGUCUGCUCGUAUCGUUCAGUGCCUUCACUGUCUCUCAACCGACAACAGCGAAUCGCCGGCGUCAUCUACGCCCGUUCUCGCUGGCGGCGGAGGUCGCGUUAUGCACCGAGAAAACGGGCACAGACGUCUUUUGGCUCGUCGACAGAGUUCCCUACGAAGCUUGGAGGAUCCGGUUGAAUCUGCAUGCGCAGAUGAGCAGCUGGUGCACCGGUUCGCAGAGAGUGAAACUGACUGCGGACCUGCGGCCCAGUGCGACGGGGCGUCUGAGAAGCAGCUCCAGGAGGCUGUGCGUCUUCGUCAGCUUUUGCAGCACCGCAUCUCGCUGCAAGAGCGACGCAUCCACGAGCUGGAAGACGAACUACGAAGCGUCAAAGAGGCAUUUGAACACCAGGUGGAUCAAACAACAGAGGCUGUCAAGAAGGCAGAAGACCAAGAGGCAGCACGCCAAGCGCAGAUCCAGCAACAGACGAACGAAGCUCUUAACUCCAUACGGCAGCAGUACGAUUCACUACUCCACCAGUAUGAGCGGCUUCAGGCCGCCAGUCGGAAGGCGGCGCAGAACGACGAAGCAGAGAGAGCAAACGACCCUAUCGCGGCCCGAGCACAGCAGCUCGAAUGCGAAAACCAGGACCUGCUCCUCCAGGUCAAGUCCUGGCAGCGGGCGCAUGCCGACGUGUCGCAGUCCUUGCAAGCGGCAUCGGCUGAACUCUCAGAGCACAGAUCUUAUGCCUUGAAGGUUGAUGCUCUAGAGAAAGAGCUGGCCUUAUCUAAAAAGGAACUUGUUCGAAUGAACAACCUUCAGAACGUUCAAAAUCAGUCAGAAAUGGAGCUAAUUCAGUCCCACGCGGAGCGUGAUGCCAUGGAGGCGGAGUUGAACGAGCUACGACGAACCGUCGAAAGCUUAAGCAAUGCAGUCGAACGUAUUCAGGAGGAGAACGAGGCGGUGAUCCAAACACUAAAAGAGGAAAAGGAACAGGCUGAAGCAGAUGCGAGACAGCUCCGGCGAAAAGUGGCAGAGAACGCAGGUGCGGUGAUAGAUCUUUCGGGAAGCCUGGAAGAAUUGGCUGAAGCCACCGCCAAGGUCGCUGUCCUGACGACGUCCUUGGAUGCGCUGCAAGGGGAAAAUUCGGCGCUUAAGCAGGAGAUCGAAAGGAUACUAGAACGACAACAGAAGGAACAGGAUGAGCGCGAAUACUAUGUGGAUCGACGAAUUAUCUCAGAGAUGAUUUCCAAGCAUCAGGCUCUUCGAGGCCAGAUUCGACGGCGGGACGAGGUUUUCCUGCUGAUAUGUGACGUCCUACAGUUAUCAGAGGAGGACCGGGAGAAGAUCGGUAUUCGCACUAGAAAAGGGCCUCAUGAAUCGCAGGACGCGGAUAAGAGGCUCUCAGAGAGGUUCAUAGAUUUUCUGAACGAGGAAACAAAGUAA